AUGCCAUUGCAGAACCUCUCCACACACUUUCACUUUCUCUUGGCUCCAAACAAAACAACGAGAAUUGCACAAUGAUGCAGACAGAGGCACCAUCUUCUCCAAGUUUCAGCUUCCACAACAACUCUUCCGAGUCCUUCCCUCACGUCGACGAUGACUUCGAGUUCUCCUUCGUUCCCAGACACACCGACUCCUCCCCCGUCUCCGCCGACGACAUUUUCUACAACGGCCAGAUCAGACCUAUCUACCCUCUCUUCCACCAAAACGCAGUCGUUCACGCUUCCGCUACCACCGAAACGGCACCGCACGAGCCUCGCCGUCGUCGUUUACCUCUCAGGACGCUGAUGUUCGAGGAGGAGGAGGAGCGAGAGACGGUGAAGAUCGAUAGCAGCAACGAGCUUUACGGCGUGGCUGAGGGAACCUACUGCGUGUGGACCCCACCGUGCAAGAAGGUAAGCAAGCGCUGGAAGAUUCGAGAUUUUCUGCUGCCUCGGAGUCACAGUGAUGGCAAGAGGACCAGCAAGGUCGCGCCUAAGUAUUCCUCCACCGCCGUAAACGGUGGCGCCUCCGCCAAACUGGUUGGCUUCUUCACUAAUUAACGCCAAUGGACUUGCUCGGAAUUUGCAACCAUUUUCAAGCUAAAACAAAUUAAAGUGAAUGAUGGGUUUUCUUUUGGUAAUUAGUCCUUGAUUAAUUAUUUAGUUAAAAUUUGUUGGGAUCAGAUAUAUGUUUAUAGGAGGAGUUAGAGAUAUAAGUGUAUGGGUGACUUUAUUUCAUAAUAAAGUUAAAAUUAUAUAACCUCUGACAAUAUUUAAAUUAAUUGUCUUAAUAUUAAAUGAAAAACUUAUUCAUUAUGAAGUAAGCAGUGUACGUGUGUUUUGGAUGGAAAAAGUAGCAAAGAAUAAGGAAGAGGUUGCGCUUGCAUGGUGUGGUAACGCAGAAACAGUUAAGUUGACAAAUGGCAGGGUAUGUUCCGCGCUUUCAUAGAAAAAACCAUCAUGUGGUGUGGGUCUCACACGGCACAUAGACUUGGGUAAUCGGUGAUGUAUAUAAUAUGACAAAGUUUAAGUCAUUGCAAUACUAGUAUUAGAAGAAAGUGAGAGCAAGUCUUUGUGGAUGUAUAUAUCAUAUGUAUCAUUUAGUAUACAUUACAUUCCAACUGUGAACAGAUGGAAUUAUUGGAGUAUGGAGUCAAUUUCAUGUUGACAUCGAGUGACAUGUAAUUGAGCUUCUUCUGAACAUGAAAUUGUUAUAUACGUUGGAUUUUACUUUCUUUUUAAAGGGGUCCAUGCCAGGCUUGAGAAAAGGGG